CGGCCGGCGUGCAAGAUGGCGCUAAAGAAAGACAAGAAGCCUAAGAAGUCAACCUGGAAGUUUAAUUUGGACCUUACUCAUCCAGUAGAAGAUGGAAUUUUUGAUUCUGGAAAUUUUGAACAGUUUCUACGGGAGAGGGUUAAAGUGAAUGGAAAAACUGGAAAUCUUGGGAAUGUCGUUCACAUUGAACACUUCAAGAAUAAAAUCACAGUUGUUUCUGAGAAACAGUUCUCUAAAAGGUAUUUGAAAUACCUUACCAAGAAAUACUUUAAAAAGAACAAUCUUCGUGAUUGGCUUCGUGUGGUUGCAUCUGACAAGGAGACUUAUGAACUUCGUUACUUCCAGAUUAGUCAAGAUGAAGAUGGAUCCGAGUCUGAGGACUAGAUGAAGCCAUCCCUU